UCUCUCACCUGUGUUGUAUGAUAUAUAGGUGCAUCAUUACUCCUCUCUCCCACCACAUCUACGCUCUUCGAUCGCCGGCACCACCACCGCCAGAAUCCACGACGACGAAACCCAAAACCAGCCUCGAAUCGAACCAACGUACAGCCGCAAGCAAAGAUAUGGGAAGAGCGCCGUGCUGCGACAAAGCCAACGUGAAGAAAGGCCCCUGGUCGCCGGAGGAGGACGCCAAGCUCGUCUCCUACAUCCAUCAACACGGCACGGGCGGUAACUGGAUUGCCCUCCCCCACAAGAUCGGCCUGAAACGUUGCGGCAAGAGCUGCCGUCUCCGGUGGCUCAACUACCUCCGCCCCGACAUCAAGCACGGGGCCUUUUCCGACGAGGAAGACCGAGUCAUUCUCAGUUUGUACAUCACCAUCGGCAGCAGGUGGUCUAUAAUCGCCUCGCAAUUACCCGGUCGGACCGACAACGACAUCAAGAACUACUGGAACACCAAGCUCAAGAAGAAGCUCUUCGGCAAGCCGCGAAGGGAACCGUGCGCACACCGCCGCCGGAGCAAAGGAACUAGUAAGGAUGGUGAUGCCGAUGAGGCCGAUUCCAUUCCUGAUUCCGGCUGCAACAAUUGGACCCACACACAAUCUAAUAAUCCACCCUCGUGGUCGACCAAAAUCGGACAGGGUCCAUCGAUGAUUUCCCAGGCACAAUCGUUUGAUGAAGCGGCCGGAAUUGGCUUGGCUGGUUCUGGUUCCUUGCAGACAAAUCUACUCGGCGAUGGUUUCUCCACCGAGCUCGACGAGAUGCUGAUCUGGUUCGGCCAGGGAAUAGAUGGCUCCUGCACUUUUGAAAGCAGCAUAAUUAGUAACGCUGCUUAGGAGAUGUAUAAUUUGUUUAGCUGUUGUGAUUUGAGUUAAUUAGUUACUGCAGAUAUUGCUAUGUAUUUGGUGGAGAGCUAGAUGUGUCAUCGUAUUUUUCAUUUUAAAUUUCAUGCAAUUAAUCUAACUAUUUGCAAUUAAUUCCCAUGUAUUAACUAGUAACUAUUUG